GCUGUAGAGGGAGGGAGGAGGAGGAGGAACUACUGGAGGAAAAAAAAAGUUAAAGUGAAAAUGGCUUCCUUGUCUUUGGAGUCUACAGAACAAUCUGAGAACAGCCCAGAGGAGCCAAAGGCAACGGAGCCCAAAAAAGAGGAAGAUCAGUUGCAAGAUUCGGAACAAUUACUCCAAAGUUUCCAAAAGUCGGCACUGAGUUUUUCCACUGACCAAGUAGCAUGUCUCUGCGAGGCCCUUCUGCAGGCGGGCAAUGUGGAUCGCCUGUGGAGAUUUCUAUCCACCAUACCUCCUUCGUCCGAGCUGCUACGUGGCAACGAGAUCCUACUGAAGGCCCAGGCACUGGUGGCUUUCCACCGGGACGAAUUCAAGGAGCUGUACGCCAUCCUGGAGAGCCACGACUUCCACCCGUCUAACCAUGGGUUCCUGCAGGACCUGUACCUGAAAGCCCGCUACAAGGAGGCGGAGAGGUCCCGGGGCCGCAGCCUGGGCGCAGUGGACAAGUACCGGCUCAGGAAGAAGUUCCCCCUGCCCAAAACCAUCUGGGACGGAGAGGAGACCGUGUACUGCUUCAAAGAGAAGUCCCGAAAUGCACUGAAAGAGUGCUAUAAGAGCAACAGGUACCCUACACCGGACGAGAAGAAAAACCUGGCCAAAGUCACCGGACUGUCCCUCACACAGGUCAGCAACUGGUUCAAGAACCGCAGGCAGAGGGACAGGACCCCGUCCGGGACCCACAGCAAAAGUGAGUCUGAUGGGAACCACAGCACAGAGGACGAAGCGAGCCCCAUGGACGACACCCCUGACAAACCAGAGGAGACUGUUGGCUCCACAGCAUCCAUCAUCUCCCUCUCUGCUGUCCCAUGUAGCACAGGAGGCCAGCUCAUCCUUAACGGUUCCGGCGGCUUCCUCGCCGCCUCUCAGUCAUUACUUCUUAAUGGAAACUCCCUGAUCUCCAGUACUGGUGCUGGUGUCAUAAUUAACGGGCUAAGCCUGGGCGAUUGCCAGACAGUCACGCUGAGUCCUGUUGCAACCAACUCUCCCUUGAUACUGAACGGGGCUCAGGUAAUAAGCAAACCUAGUCUGCACCAGCAGCAAGCAGUUUCUUUGGCAGAACAGGAAGUUUCAGCCAUGGAGGCCAAGCCAAGCAGUCUUCCAGCAGUUGUUCUUAGCACUAACACCACAGCAGUCUCAAACCCUCCACCCAUCAUCUCUCCUCCUCUGCAAAACAAGACAGACAGCGGCAAUGCAAUGGAUUUCAUCAGUGUCCCUGAUUCAGAGGGCAGCAUCCAGACCGUGUCUUCCUCUUCUUCAUCUUUAUCCCCUUCCUCACCAACUCUGUCCUCCCCAACCAGUCUCCCCUCACUAGUCUUAUCACAAAACACCCAACACCAGGAGCCCCUCACCCUCCCGCCCUCUAUGUCGUCUGCAGGCAUGGUACUCACCAGUUCUGCCGUGUCUCUUUCCAGUCAGCAAGGAGAGUAUGUUGUCUUUGCCACUGCCGGCUCCCAGUUAAACCCUUGUAGCCCUGUGGUUUCCUCCACGCCUCAGGUCUUUUCUCUGCCCCAGGUUGUGCCUUCCAUCCAGGGUAUCCCAGUAUCCCAGCUGGUCCAGCACUCUUCAGGAGCCCAGGUGUCCCAGUGCCCUCAGUUGGUCCCAGUAUCCCCCCUCACCUCGCCAGCUCCUCUGUUCCAAAGCCAGACCGUGAACACAGGCAACAGACUGGCACAGCACCAGCAAGAUGCCUCAACAACUCUGCCUGAAGGUGCCACAACCAUAGUCUCCAUCUCCCAGCUUAACAACCAUCAGUUCCCACAGCGAACGGCACACCAACUGGGGGACCAAACUACAAACUCCACGGCCAGCAAUAUCCAGGUCCCACAGGUUAUUUCCAUCUCUUCCCCGACACAAGUAGUCCCAGUCCCCCAGGCCAAAGGAGCCACACCAGCACAGUUAGUCCCCCUCUCCAUGCCUCAGCUGGUCCCGGUCUCCUCCAUCCAAACGUCUUCCAGCAUCUCUUUCCCCCAAGUCGUGCCCGCCAGUCCGUCUCUCUCCAUCCCCUCUGCUGGAGUGCCCUUGCAGAUCCUGACUUCAGCUCCUGCAGCUGCAGGGAUCGCACAGUGUCCUCUCAGGAUAAAUCAGUUGAGGCCCAUUCAGACGGUGGGUCCCCCAAACAGCAUGGCCCCUGGUGUGCAGCUCCUCAACACUGGGAUCAUACAGCUGCCCUCUGCGGCUCCAGGUAACCUUCUCCUCGGUGGAAGCCCCUACCUGAGUGUCCAGCAAGGCAAGCUGAUUCUGACCAUCCCAGCAGGCAUUCAACUCACCAGUUUGCCCAUGAAACCAGUCCACGAGGCUUCACCCAUCUCUGCUAAUGGAGUGAGUCCCCUCCUCACCCCCUCCACCACUCUUGUAGCCUCGCAGCCUUUAACCAACUCCGGCCCAACCCCCAUUGGCCACACAUCAUCUCCCCUAAGCUUCAUCAACUCGUCUCCACCAUACUGUGCACCAGAGACUGGGACACCUGCUGUCCCCUCACCUCAUUCGCUGGACCAUUCAGUCACCCCCACAACGCCAAACACUCUUACUCCAGAAAGUAUGCUUACCCUCAGCCCCAUGUACAGCGGAGUGACACCCAGCUCCCAUUUGUCCCACCCAGCCUGGAGCCCUGUGCCCCUCUCCACUUCGGCUAGUCUAACUCUGUUUGAUGUCCGCAGCAAGGGGGACCUACCCGUCGACCCAGCUUUGUUAGGCCUACCUGGAGGAGAGUCGCUGCUUCUGGGGAGCCCCUCAUCAGAACAGGACGUGGAAGCCAACUCAGCACUGGGGAAUCCAGAGGAGAUGGAUGGGGACUCCAAGAUUCUGACUCAGCUCCAGUCUGUCCCUGUGGAGGACGAGCUGGGCAUAUAGUCUGUUUACGUUGCUGGUUGGCAACCCCAUGUCUCUAAAAACAAAAGCGAUGAAGCAUACAGUAGGUUACAGACUCUGCUGUUUGUUUGUUUUUUAGUGAUCUAAAAGUUUUCCAUGUUGUCAAGACCCAAAUGUAUUUCACAAUAUGUUUAGGACAUCAUGGUCUUAGCUGGCACUUUUUGCAGCUCUAUUUCACAUGGGUGGGCAGGAUUAUAUGUGAUGUUCACCUCUGCUGGUUCGACAUCACAAAUUUUCUCUGGGUUUCGCCUAAGAAUUAUGUGUUUCAGAGUUUGUUUUUUGUAUUUUUUGCUAAAAUCCGUACGUGCCUUACCUGUUUUAUCAGAUCCAGACAGAAGAACUAACACAGAUUAGUCUGCUUGGCCUACUUACAAGUUCUGGUGUUCAAAAAGAAAGACUAUAUUAUGCAAGACGUCUUGGCUUUGCCUAUUCCCUUAGCUCUUCUUUGCAGUUUUGUGCACUGCAGACCAAGUUUAACUGUACAUGGAAAAGAUGUCUGGGUUCUUUUUGCUGGCAAGAGAAGUAGUCUGUUGUGGAUCCAGCACAGUAACUAUACACCAGACUAUCUGGCAAAGACAUCUAGAAAUAGCUGCCUGUCCAGAACACCAAGAUUCAGGAUGUUGGUUUUCUUCUUCUUGUUCACAGCCUCAAUAUAAUUCUUCUACAAACUCCAGGAAUAUGGUGAGGUUUAGUUUUAUGUGAAACUGUUUGGAAUUUGUUUUCCUCAACUAUUAUUACAUCAUAGCUUCAAGGGCUAUCAAACGAUAUUUUAUUGCAACAAUUUACUAAAGUCUGGGUUGCAUUUUAUCAGUAAACUGUUUUAAAUUACUUACAGUUUCAAGAGAAAAUGCUGCCCUCCAUUAGUAAAAAAUAUAACACAAGGAAUAAAAGGGUUUAAAUUCUAUGCAAUGCAUGUUAAGUUUGUGUUUAGUUUAGGACACUAUGUGGCACAAUGGCUGAGUUGAAAAGCCAGUACACUUGGGAGAUGAGAAAAAGCUUUUAGAAAACCAGCUUUUAAAUGAAGCGCGACACUAAAAAGUUUGCUGUGAUAAGUGCCUUAUUUUAAAGCUUACAUGUUCGAUGUUUUAGAAAAAAAUGUUCACAGUUUGUACAAUUGCUAUGUAUCCAACCACAUUUUGGAUUCAUUUUAUGGACUUUUGCUAUAAUACCCGAAUUUCUGGAUCUGUUCUCCAUUGAAACAUAAUGUGACAGUUUGGAUUGCAUAGUCACAGCUCGAUCUCCUCUUCUUUUUAUUUUUUUUUGUAUAUUUUGCACCAUUUCAUUCACACAAUGUUUACGCUGCGCUGCCGUGUUGUUAUGACAGGGGUGGGACUCAUAUUCUGUUCUGAAAUUUCUGACUCUAAUAAUCAAACUUGACAGAAUAGCUAAAACAGGUAAAUCAGAAAACAGGAUACUGAUUUCCUGUUAAAAUCUGUCGUAAAUUGAAGGAACAGCUCAUUCAAUUUAAACCUAAGAAUCACCGUCUGCUCUAAUAACAGGGAGCGGUCAAACUUUGGCCAAUUAUGGUACACAAAAAUACACUUCAGUGUCGCAUUUAGCUACAAUAAUGGCCUUUGUGUUUUGUUUUUAUUAGUGUUUGUUGUUUGUCUUUUUGUACAUUUAAUGUAUUUAAAGCAUGUAUCAAUCGGUUUCUAGUUUUAACUGAGAGAAAAUGAGUCCUUAUGGAAAAAUGCAGAUAGGAAAUGAUAUUCAUUUUCACUUGGAAGGUCAUAUUGUUGUGCAAACUGAGGUUUUACAAUCUUAGACCACAGGUAUUAAAUCAGUUUUUUAUGGCAAAUAGGUUUGUGUCAUUUUGUGAUAUGUACAAUAGGUCACUCCUCAUUAAUACAUUUAAGGUCACAUGUUCCCAGUGGCCUUUGGGUAGAUUAGUAAAUGGCAUU